AUUAAAGGCGUGCGCCACCACCGCCCGGCUUGCCUUCACCUUUCUUCACUCAGGGUUUAUGUCCUGUGCUCCUUCUGGGUCCCCCCCCCAUCUUGCCCAGUGCCCAGCUCCUGGCACCAUUCACCCAUCCAGGCAAUAGUCACUGAAGCCCUUCUGUGACCCUGGCCAACACUUGAGUCCUUUGUAGAAGAGACACAGAGAUGGGGAGUUGUGGUCAGGGUUUUCGGAAAUCUUGUACCAGCCAGAUGUACAGACGGGAGGAACAAGACAGAACACGGAGUCGGGACUCUGGACAGGUGAGAUGGGAACAGAAGCAGCAGCUUGCUGGUGUCCUUUCUGAAGCGGUCAGUGCCUGUCUCUGGUUUAUAGCCCUUCUAGGGGAAGGGGCAUUGGGAUAGAAGGGAAGUGUCCUGGGGUAGGAGGACUUGAAUUCUAGUCCUAGGUUCACUGCUUUCUAGUUGUGCAACUCCGAGUAAGUGCUUAAGUCAUACAAGCCUCAGUUUCUGCAGCUGGGUAUUGGGUCUAUAACACCUUUCUUGUAGGUUUGUGGUGACUAUUGAGAUUAACAUAUGACAUGCUUUUAGAAACUGCUUAGAAUUUUUUUUCUCUCUCUCUCAUGUGUCUACUGUCCCAUAGGACAUAGGAUGGUGUUUAUAUUUGUGUGUGUGCUGUAUGUGUGAAGCCUUCUGAGGUUAGGGAGAGUUUGAGAAGACAAAGGUUUCAUUUCCUCAAACAUUUUCUUAGCAUCCAAUUUGCACUGCUGAAGGUUUAAUUGAAAAAAAAAAAUCAGUCUAUGUCCUCAGGGGGAGGGGGAAUGCUCUCAGUGCAUAAUGGAUGUGGGUGGGUACAAUAAAGAGGGAAACGUGUGUGUGUGUGUGUGUGUGUGUGUGUGUGUGUCCAGGCAACUCCCACUCUUUCCAAGCCGUGCAGAAAGGAGGGUAGGUUUUCAGACCUCUCCGUAGCCUCGGAUGCUGUGGAUCCUUCUCCUCCCUAGUCCUCAGGAAUCGGGGGAGGAGAGGUGGCUGGAAGGCCCGUUCCCCGCCCAGGGCCAACUGCCUCCUGCUAGCCGGUCGGGCGCCUUACCGAGUCAGACCACUGGGAGGCUGGGGGAGCCGGGUUGGGCGAGGAGUCGAGCGAGAUGGGGGAGCUCUUAUUUUGACAGGGGCCUCUCCCGGCUCUGGUAUGAAGGCAGAAGGAGGCAGCCAGAGAGCCCCGAUGCUUAUUCAGGCUGGGGAGAGGAGCCGAGUGGAGGGGCGAGCGAGGCUCCGGCAGCGCAGGGGAGCCCGGGGAGGCGGCGGCGCGCGGCGGAGCCAGUGGCCGGACAUGCCCCGGAUCCGGGGCCGCUGCAGCACCGCCGCCGCCGGGAGCCAGCCGGCCGGACGCCCGCACGCCUGGGUCCCCUGGCGCCGCGCCGCCCCGGGGCUGCGACCUGGACCCUCGGCAUUCGACCAACAAUAAGCGCCUAGACAGCCCCCUCCCCGCCCCGCGCCCGCCGUCCCCGCGGGCCUCGGGGAAAGUGAAAGGAGGAGGCGAAGGAAGGAAGGAAGGAAGGAAGGGAGGAGGAGGAGGAGCAGGAGCGGCAACAGCCGGAGCCGUGAGGUUUGGGCCGAGACCCCAGCCCGGAGCCCCGGCCGGGCGGUGCGCUAGCUCUCCCGCCGCUGCCGGCGCCCAGGACCAUGCCCCGCGGUUGGGAGGCAGGAACCCAGGCAAGCAGAGCCUCCCGGAUACCUGCUCGCGGGCCGGGCUGGUAUUGAGAUCAAGGCGUCCAGGAUCAAAAGAUCACCGCCUGCCCGCCUUCUCCGUGUCUCCACUGUCCUGCUGGAGGAUCCCAGUCCACCCACCGACCCUGACCUGGUUAUGGCGUCCAGCUCCGGCCUGGCGUGAGGACCCCCGACCGGUGCGAGGGAGCCCCCAUUCCAGACCACACCCCUGAGCCUGAACCUGACACACAUUAUUCAGAGUCCCUGCUCCAGUACCGAGUACCUGGCUGGGCCCUGGGCACGCACAGGGGCCGUAGCCCCACUGUGUGUGGGAGCCAUGAGGAUCCUGGCUAACAAGACAAGGUUACCCCACCCCAGGAGGAGAGAGGCUCCAGGGAGCCCGCCGCUGUCCCCUCGCGGCCACUGCCCCCCUGCCCCAGCCAAGCCAAUGCACCCAGAAAAUAAACUGACCAAUCAUGGCAAGACAGGGAAUGGAGGGGCCCAAUCCCAGCACCAGAAUGUGAACCAAGGACCCACCUGCAACCUGGGGUCCAAGGGCGUGGGGGCGGGAAGCCAUGGGGCCAAGGCCAAUCAGAUCUCACCUAGCAACUCAAGUCUGAAGAACCCCCAGGCAGGGGUGCCUCCUUUCAGCUCACUCAAGGGCAAGGUGAAGCGUGAGCGGAGUGUAUCCGUAGACUCUGGAGAGCAGCGGGAGGCUGGGACUCCAUCCCUCGAUUCAGAGGCCAAAGAGGUGGCGCCCCGGAGCAAACGGAGGUGUGUGCUGGAGCGGAAGCAGCCGUACAGUGGGGACGAAUGGUGCUCGGGCCCAGACAGCGAGGAGGACGAUAAGCCCAUUGGGGCCGCCCACAAUUGUAAUGUAGCAGACCCAGCCAUGGCGGCCCCACAGCUGGGUCCUGGCCAAACUGCCCAACUGCCCCUCAGUGAAAGCAGUGCACCAGGCCCCCCCCACGGCCCCCCCCCAGGCCUUCGGCCAGAUGUUCCUGGGGGUGGGGGUGGGGGCGUCUCAGGAAAGCCUCCGUCGCAGUUCGUGUAUGUCUUCACCACCCACCUGGCCAACACGGCUGCAGAGGCCGUGCUGCAGGGCCGGGCAGAAUCCAUCCUCGCCUACCACCAGCAGAAUGUGCCCCGGGCCAAGCUGGACCAGGCCCCUAAAGUGCCACCCACCCCAGAGCCACUACCCCUGAACACGCCGUCAGCAGGUACACCACAGUCUCAGCCACCUCCAUUGCCGCCGCCACCCGCAGCCCCUGGCAGUGCCCCUCCUGCCCUGCCCCCAGAGGGGCCUCCUGAAGACACCAGCCAGGACCUGGCCCCCAACUCCGUGGGAGCUGCCAGCACAGGUGGUGGGACCGGGGGCACCCACCCUAACACCCCAACGGCCGCCACUGCUAACAACCCCCUGCCUCCUGGAGGAGACGCCGGCAGCGCCCCUGGCUCAGCCCUAUUGGGGGAGGCGACCCCCACAGGAAAUGGGCAGCGGAACCUGGUGGGCUCCGAGGGCCUGUCCAAAGAGCAGCUGGAGCACCGGGAACGCUCCCUCCAGACGCUGCGGGACAUUGAGAGGCUGCUGCUCCGGAGCGGGGAGACUGAGCCCUUCCUCAAGGGGCCUCCUGGAGGAGCUGGUGAGGGGGGCCCAUCUGCGCAAGCUCCCUCCGCCGCUCAGCAGCCUCCCUCAGCCCCUCCCAGUGGGCUGAAGAAGUACGAGGAGCCCUUGCAGUCGAUGAUUUCACAGACACAGAGCCUAGGAGGCCCCCCACUGGAGCAUGAAGUGCCGGGACACCCCCAGGGUGGGGACAUGGGACAGCAGAUGAACAUGAUGAUGCAGAGACUGGGCCAGGACAGCCUGACACCUGAGCAGGUGGCCUGGCGCAAACUGCAGGAAGAGUACUACGAGGAGAAGCGGCGGAAAGAGGAGCAGAUCGGAUUGCACGGCGGCCGCCCUCUGCAGGACAUGGUGGGCAUGGGGGGUAUGAUGGGAAGGGGGCCCCCACCUCCUUACCACAGCAAACCUGGGGAUCAGUGGCCCCCUGGAAUGGGUGCUCAACUCCGAGGACCUAUGGAUGUCCAAGAUCCCAUGCAGCUCCGAGCUGGACCUCCCUUCCCUGGCCCCCGUUUCCCGGGCAACCAGAUGCAAAGGGUGCCUGGGUUUGGGAGUAUACAGAGUAUGCCCAUGGAGGUACCCAUGAAUGCCAUGCAGAGACCUGUAAGGCCAGGCAUGGGCUGGACCGAAGACUUGCCUCCUAUUGGGGGGCCCAGCAAUUUCGCCCAGAAUGCCGUGCCCUAUCCAGGCGGGCAGGGUGAGGCAGAGCGAUUCAUGACCCCUCGAGUCCGGGAGGAGCUGUUGAGGCACCAGUUGCUGGAAAAGCGGUCAAUGGGCAUGCAGCGCCCCCUGGGCAUGGCGGGUAGUGGCAUGGGACAGAGCAUGGAAAUGGACCGGAUGAUACAGGCACAUCGACAGAUGGAUCCCACCAUGUUUCCGGGGCAGAUGACUGGUGGAGAUGGCCUGGCCGGCACUCCCAUGGGCAUAGAGUUCGGUGGAGGCCGGGGCCUCCUGAGCCCUCCAAUGGGACAGUCUGGGCUGAGGGAGGUAGACCCGCCUAUGGGGCCGGGCAACCUCAACAUGAACAUGAAUGUGAACAUGAACAUGAACAUGAACCUGAAUGUGCAGAUGACGCCACAGCAGCAGAUGCUGAUGUCACAGAAGAUGCGAGGCCCUGGAGACAUGAUGGGGCCUCAGGGCCUUAGUCCUGAAGAGAUGGCCCGGGUUCGGGCCCAGAACAGCAGUGGCAUGAUGGGUGGUCCACAGAAGAUGCUUAUGUCUUCACAGUUUCCCAGCCAGGGCCAGCAGGGAUUCUCUGGGGGUCAGGGACCCUACCAAGCCAUGCCCCAGGACAUGGGCAACACUCAAGACAUGUUCAGCCCUGAUCAGAGUUCAAUGCCCAUGGGCACUGUGGGUACCACCCGGCUCAGCCAUAUGCCUCUGCCCACUGCAUCCAAUCCUCCUCCUGGGUCUGUGCAUUCAGCCCCCAACAGGGGACUAGGCAGACGGCCUUCAGACCUCACCAUCAGUAUUAAUCAGAUGGGCUCACCAGGUAUGGGGCAUCUGAAGUCACCCACCCUUAGCCAGGUGCACUCACCCCUGGUCACCUCACCCUCUGCCAACCUCAAGUCACCCCAGACUCCCUCACAGAUGGUGCCCUUGCCUUCUGCCAACCCACCAGGACCUCUCAAGUCUCCCCAGGUCCUCAGCUCCUCUCUCGUGCGGUCACCCACUGGCUCACCCAGCCGACUCAAGUCCCCCUCCAUGGCGGUGCCUUCUCCAGGCUGGGUCGCCUCUCCCAAGACAGCCAUGCCUAGCCCUGGGGUCUCCCAGAGUAAGCAGCCGCCUCUCAGCAUAAACUCUUCCUCUACCCUGGGCAACAUGGAACAGGGUACCCUCCCACCUAGUGGCCCCCGGAACAGCUCCUCAGCGCCUCCUGCCAAUCCUCCCAGUGGCCUCAUGAACCCCAGCCUACCGUUCACAUCUUCCCCGGACCCCACGCCGUCCCAGAACCCUCUGUCACUGAUGAUGUCUCAGAUGUCCAAGUAUGCCAUGCCCAGCUCUACCCCGCUGUACCACAAUGCCAUCAAGACCAUCGCCACCUCAGACGACGAGCUGCUGCCUGACCGGCCCCUGUUACCCCCACCCCCACCACCGCAGGGCUCCGGGCCAGGCAUCAGCAAUAACCAGCCCAACCAGAUGCACCUGAACUCUGCUGCUGCCCAGAGCCCCAUGGGCAUGAACUUGCCAGGCCAGCAGCCCCUGUCCCAUGAGCCCCCACCAACCAUGUUGCCCUCUCCUACCCCUCUGGGGUCCAACAUUCCACUGCACCCCAAUGCACAGGGGACAGGGGGCCCUUCUCAAAACUCGAUGAUGAUGGCCCCAGGAGGCCCAGACUCCCUAAAUACCCCUUGUGGCCCUGUGCCCAGCUCCUCCCAGAUGAUGCCCUUUCCUCCUCGGCUACAGCAGCCCCACGGUGCCAUGGCCCCCACUGGGGGUGGGGGUGGGGGGCCUGGCCUGCAGCAGCACUACCCUUCCGGCAUGCCACUGCCCCCCGAGGACCUGCCCAACCAGCCACCUGGCCCCAUACCCCCCCAGCAGCACCUGAUGGGCAAAGGCAUGGCUGGCCGCAUGGGCGAAGCAUACCCCCCCGGGGUGCUCCCUGGGGUGGCAUCAGUACUGAACGACCCAGAGCUGAGUGAGGUGAUCCGGCCUACCCCUACCGGCAUUCCUGAAUUCGACUUAUCCAGGAUCAUCCCCUCUGAGAAGCCGAGCAGCACCCUCCAGUACUUCCCCAAGAGUGAGAACCAGCCCCCCAAGGCUCAGCCCCCCAACCUGCACCUCAUGAACUUGCAGAACAUGAUGGCGGAGCAGACCCCCUCGCGGCCUCCCAACCUCCCAGGCCAACAGGGGGUCCAGCGGGGGCUGAGCAUGUCCAUGUGUCACCCUGGACAGAUGUCCUUGCUGGGCAGGACAGGUGUGCCCCCACAGCAGGGCAUGGUGCCCCACGGCCUGCACCAGGGGGUCAUGUCCCCACCACAAGGCCUCAUGACCCAGCAGAAUUUUAUGCUGAUGAAGCAACGUGGUGUGGGGGGUGAGGUCUAUACCCAGCCUCCCCACAUGCUCUCCCCACAGGGCUCCCUCAUGGGCCCCCCACCCCAGCAGAACCUCAUGGUGUCCCACCCUCUGCGGCAGCGCAGUGUGUCUCUGGACAGCCAGAUGGGCUACCUCCCAGCGCCGGGCAGCAUGGCCAAUCUACCCUUCUAGCAGGCCCCUCCAAAAGGGGUCUGGAGCUGGGGAUGCUGAGAAUAACUUUAAGGGUUUUUUUUUUUUUUUUUUCCAUCCAGUGUUGGGAUGGAUGGCCUGGGUCCAGGGGUAGGGUGAAGGGGGGGAGGCGGGGCUCGUGUCGGGGAGUGGCAUUUGUGGAAACCUGAUGUGCUGGCAGCUUAGGGGGGGAGCGGCAAGAGUUGGGUGGGAGUUGGAAUUGGGUUCCGCGCCACUUUCGGCCACCAGGACUGGCCCUCCCCCGUCCUUCCCGUUCCUGUGAGGCUUCUCUUUCCCUCUGUCUUUACAGCUCCCUCCUCCUUCAGCUGUGUCUUCCACCCUCUGUCCCUUUGUGGAACUGUCACCCCAUCGCGGUGCUCCAGGUCCAUGUUUCCCCUCCCGGUUGGUUCCUCGGCUCUCGGCCCCGUUUUCCUGGUCUUCCUCACUUCCUCUCCCUGCUGACAUGGCCGACCUCCUCUCCCACGCCCCCUGCGGGCGGCUGGCCAGGUGGGCAGGUGCCCGCGGAGCUGUAAAUAGAGCUGCGCUUUUGUGCCAGUGUGUGCGUGUGCCGUAUUUCUGUGUUUUGAUAGAAGUCACACACAAAAAAGAUUAAAAAAAAAAAAACCCGUCCCCCCCUUCAAAUGAUCGCUCCCACCAUGUCCCCCGGACCCAGAGACAUGCAGUCCUAUGCACCCUCCACCCACCCCACCUGUCAGCUGAGGUCAGACUAUCUAUCUAGGCUUCCAUUUGGUGAGCCCGGGAGGACUGAUACCUCCCCCUCCCCCCACGAUGGCCGCCUGUCUGCUGCUGAGUGAUUUCCGGGGAGCAGGUGUGCACACGAGCAUGUGUUUACCCACACCAGUGACCUAGUCCCGCCCACCCACCGGCCUGGGCGCCUCUGCUGCUACACCUUAGCCCGAACUUGAAGCCCUUGUCCUUCCCAGUCUAUGAGAAGGGAGAGAAGGAAGGGGCAGCCUGCGGCCCCUCCGAAUGGAGCGAUGGAGGGGUUCGCAGGAUGUGACUACAACCUACGGCUUCGGGAGCCUUGGGCCAGGUAGCCCCUCGGGGCACAGACUCUUCCAGAAACCACCACUUGCUUCUCACCAAAGAAGGAAGGGACAGAGUGUGGCUGAGUCAGUCAGUCUACCCCCCCAGCCUCCACCCCUAGCCUGGAGUGAGGAAAGGCAGUGUGGGGGAAACAUCCUGCUGCCUGUCCACUCUGGCAAGGUCCUUCUGUCCAGGGCUCAGGGCCAUGUACCAGAUCUGUCUACACCCACCCAGGCACAGCCACUGCCUCCCUGUUACUUCCCAGGAGAGCCCCACCCACCCACCACUGGUCAGACUGAAGCCAUACAGGCAUGGGCGUUUUGCCUCCCUCGGCCCCAGGAGUAAAAUUCUCCUUUGCUCACUUCCUUCUUCCUCCUUCCUGCCUUCGAAGGUGGCAGGCAGCUCCUUGGCCAAGGCCUCUCCCUGCCCUGCCUCCAGGGCCAAGGGCCAUUCUAGACAGGGUGUCUUUCACCAGGGCCCUGUCCCCAGCCUUUCUGACCUGCAGGGCCUCGUUCUGCCUUGGCAGCUGUAAUACAAAGGGAAUUUGUGCCCACUCCCAGUCUGGUGCUGUCCAUUGUCAGCCGGGUCAGGCACCCUCCCCUCCAGAGCUGGCUGCAGGCCCCUGGCUUCCCCUGCCCCUCCCAGGGACCAGAGCCAAGGUCUCUGCGUCGAGAGGUGGGUGGAAACCUGUCCUCCUUCCUGCCAGACACUCUGCCCUCCCUGCUUCCAUCUGGGCCUUGUGCCCUACACCCGUGUGUUCCCAGCCUGUCCAAACUGUCUUACUGCCUUGCUCCGAGGAGAGGGCGCAGGCCACAGAGGUCCCGAUGCCCCCUUCUGGUGUCCUGUCUCCCACCUCUUCCACUAGCUUCCCAAGGUGAUCUCCACAGGCCAGCCUUCUCCUCUCCAUCCAUGGCCAUACCCCAGCCAUUUUGUACCAUUAUAUAAAUAUAUAUAUAAAUAUAAAUAUAUAAAUACAAUAUGUGAAGACAUCUUCUUGGUUUUUAUUUUGAAACACUUUGUAGGCUUGCUCUGGGGGGUCUCUGUGCUGCCUGUACUGAAUUGACCUGUUUUAUAGGUGCCUUUUUAUUAAAAAGAGAAAAUUCAAAAAUGUAA